GACACUUAACAAUACCCAGAGAACAUGGCGCCGUCGUGGUCCUUGAGUGCACUUAAAAACCAAAGACAGUUGUGCAAAAACGUUUGCUCACCGCUGUUUUUAAGGAGUCUGACGGAGGGGAGUGAUGCAGGCUGGUUUCGUUCAAUGUUUCCACACAAAGUGGAGGCCAGAAAGGACGCCCACUCCAACCUGCUGUCCAAGAAAGAAACCAGUAACCUCUAUAAAAUCCAAUUUCACAACGUAAAACCGGAGUGCCUUGAAGCUUACAACAGUCUAUCCGUCGAGGUGCAAACUAAACUUCACUGUGAUAAGGAUUAUCCUUGCGAGGUCGUCGGAAGUUGGAACACAUGGUACGGGGAGCAAGACCAAGCAGUGCAUCUCUGGCGGUACUCGGGUGGCUACCCAGCUUUGACUGAAUGUUUGAACAAGCUCAAACUAAAUAAGGAGUACCUAGAGUUUCGAAAGGAGAGGAGUAAAAUGCUGCUUUCACGGCGCAAUCAGCUCCUCCUUGAGUUUAGCUUUUGGAAUGAACCUACUCCCCGACCAGGACCAAACAUUUAUGAGCUGAGAACAUAUAGAUUGCAGCCAGGAACAAUGAUUGAAUGGGGAAAUCAUUGGGCCCGAGCCAUCAAGUAUAGACAAGAAAACAAUGAGGCAGUUGGCGGUUUCUUUACACAAAUAGGCGAACUUUAUGUGGUUCAUCAUUUGUGGGCUUAUACAGACUUACAGUCUAGGCAGGAGACAAGGAAUGCAGCUUGGCUGAAGGAAGGCUGGGAUGCCAGUGUGCAUUACACAGUGCCUUUGAUCCAAAGCAUGGAGUCAAGAAUCAUGUACCCUAUGAAGAAUUCACCAUUACAGUGAGAGAGAGAGAGAGAGAGAGUGAUAAGGAUACAACACCUCUCCAUCGACAGUCAUCUUCAAACUGUCAGAUUCUCCCCACCUCCUAAAACACAAAUCCUACACAUGAAGCUGAAAUAUAAUGACACAAAUCUCUGAGAUACUGAGAAUAUGCUGUCUAACUGGACCAUGUAAAACAAACAAAACAAACAAACAAAAAAAAUUAAAAACACACAUAUGAAUCCAAUAGUUUUCUGGUUUGGUCAAUGGAUACCACCAAUGACCCCCCCCCCCCCCCCCCCCAAAAAGAUCCUCAUACUAUUAGUGUCUCAGUACCAUAUGCUUUAACAACAAAUACAAACAAACAAACAAAUUAUCGUUGACUUGCGUAUGAGUGAUGGAUGUGUAUUGGUUACUGGGCUAAUCUAUCCUGAUUCAGAGUUUUAAUGUAAAAUGUCAAAUCACAUUUAAUGACACCUUUAAGUUGUUUAUUAUUAUAAUUUCUUUCAGCUGAGUUUAAAUUCAGUAAUUGUCUUGAUUGUAUGGAUGCCAACUGCUCUGACAGGGUUACACAAGCUAUUGUGCGGUUGGUAUUCGAUCUACAUGGAGAGUUUGUUUUCAGAUAUUAAAUCAUUUGAACUAAAUGUAAGAUGAGAGGGUAAUGUGGAGACUGUGAUGCUUUUGCAAAACAAGUUCUGUCACUUGAACUACUCUGUGUGUCUGUAGAAUUGUACAAUAUGUUGUCAAUGCAACCCACCCAUUGAUAUGUGAAUAUUACGUGAUUUAUUGUCAAAAACAACAUAACCCUGGUAUUAAUUAAAGCAUUUGCAUGAACUGCUCAAU